AUGGGUAACCAAGGUGGGGUUUGGUGCAACAUCACCAUCACCAUUAUCACCAACACCUCCACCACCCUCUCCACCUACACCACAACAACCUCCCCCACCAACACCACCAGCAACCCCACCAGAACCAGGCCGUCCAGCACCACCUUCUGCAGGCCUGAGGUGGAGCCACAGAGCCCAGGCCACAGAGACAUGAAGCUUAGUAGCAGGCUCGGAGACCCCCAGAGCCCCCUCAAGACCCCCCAGACCUACCCCUCCCCUCAAGACCCCCCUCAAGACCCCCCAGACCUACCCCUCCCCUCAAGACCCCCCAGACCUACCCCUCCCCUCAAGACCCCCCAGACCUACCCCUCCCCUCAAGACCACCAGACUUACCCCUCCUCUCAAGACCCCCAGACCUCCCCCCUCCCCUCCAGACCACCAAACCCCCCUCCAGACCUCCAGGAAGAAGCUUAA